AUUUGGUUAAACUCUUCUUUCAUGACUUGUAAAUAUUAUCAAAUUUGAUUUGGUUAGUUCAAUGUGUAACAUUACUACGGCGAGAUUAGUCGUUCGAGAAAUUUCAAGUGAUAAACAUGGAAUCCAACGGCGUAUUUAACUGGGCUGUCAGAGUAAAAACUGAGCCUUGCCAUGAGUCACUUUUGGAAAACAAUAGUAAUAUAAUUGACAAGACUCGAGAUGGGCAGGAUGUUAAAUUCUCAAGAUUUCUGCGAGAAAAUCCAAACCACGGGUUUCAAGAAUAUGACGGAAUGUCUGAACCUCGUGAAGACAUGGAAAUAGUUUUGGAAUGUCAAGAUCUGAAGCCGAGUUUUAAUUUAUUGGCAGUUCAGAAAAUCGAAGACUAUUCGGAAAACUUGCACAAUACUAAAUAUAUUCGAGAUUAUCCGAAUAAAAUUAAAAUAGAAAAUAUGGAUGGAGUGAAAAAAGAAUAUUUCGGUAACGUUUCGGAAGAAUCGAGUUUGAAUUUAAACUGCGAAUUUAGCGAGCAAAAAGAAAAAGGAAGAAUUACAACAGAUUUCAACGACCAACAGAGAUUACAAACCCACAUCAAUCCGAAGCAUAGUAGUUCUGCCCACGCAUGUAAUGUUUGCGGAAAUAAAUUCUCAACUAAGGGUAAUCUCAAAACUCACAUCAAUGCAGUGCACUUAGGUGUCAAAGUUGCAUGCAAUGUAUGCGAAAAGACAUUCACAAAAAAAAGUGAUCUCAAAAGACACAUAGAUUCGGUGCACAACGGAAUCACACAUGCAUGUGAUAUUUGCGGAAAAAAGUUCUCAGAUAAAAGUAGUGCCAAAAGGCACAUUGAUACCACGCACAACGGUGUUACCCAUCGGUGUGAUAUUUGUAGAAAAAAUUUUUCAAGUAAGAGUAAUCUCAAUACCCAUAUCGAUUCGAUACACAAUGGUGUCACCCAUAAAUGUGAUAUUUGUGGAAAGACAUGCAAAGAUAGAAGUUAUUUCAAAAGACACAUCGAUUCGGUGCACAACGGUAUCACACAUGCAUGUGAAAUAUGCGGAAAUAAAUUCUCAAUUAAGGGUAAUCUUAAAACCCACAUCGAUUCGGUACACAGUGGUGUCACCCAUAAAUGUGAUAUUUGUAGAAAAAAUUUUUCAAGCAAGAGUAAUCUCAAAACCCACGUGAAUGUGAAGCACAUUGGUCUCACCCAUGCAUGUGAUCUCUGCGGAAAAAAAUUUGGACAAAAAAGGAAUCUCAAAGCCCACGCAGUUGUGGCGCAUCACUCUGUUCUGGACAAUUAAAUAGUAAAACUGUAAAUGCAUUGACAGAAGUUAUUAUGACAUAAUAAAUUUCUCGUAUAUUACCUUAGCUCUUCACGUGCA